UCUCUCUCUCUCUCUCUUUCUCUCUCUCUCCUCGCUCUCUUUUUCUUUCUCUAUUCCCCUCUUCCUCACUCGUCCUCAGUCACGCCUGUGUUCCUCGCGAUCCCGUCACCCCGUCGAUACUCCGUCUCUCAGCCGACUGCGCGAGCUAACGUCUUCCUUUAAUACCGAUCGAAACAAUCUAGCCUUUCCUCCACGUUCCGGAUUCCGGACACGACUCUUCCGUGCUUCUACCACACCUUACUCCGUUCUUUGCCGACCAGUGCUGGCCAACCAGUCCAAUCGUUGUAAUUUCAGAGCCAAAAGAUCUAGCCAAUCGUCGAAAUUUUCUGAGAAACCAGACCUCCAACGAAAUUCUACCGACGUUCCCCUAGUAAAUCUGCUUACCAUCGGUUCGGUUCGAAACCGAAACAUGUAUCAACCAUAAACGAGGUGUACGAGUAGACCGAUCACCCGGUGUAUUUUUUCCGUCGGUAAACACACUGCAGCGCCAUCUACGGUAAAAUGCUCAAGCUACUAGUUAAUUAGUAUCGUUCUUGCGUCUCCAGAUGUCGCAAACGAUAUUUUCUUGGUGCUCGGUUUAAAAAAAUGAAUACUUUCAAAGACGACAAAUAAACGUACGCUCUGUUGUUGCUUGAUAUUUGAUUAAACUUUCUUGUACCGAUUACACAUUUACAAUAAUUUACAUCUUUUUUUCGUAUCGAAUUUCCAUGGGAGGGUUCAAGAAGUUGCAAGCGACAUCACUAUCUCACAGGAACAGCAUGAUUGUGGUACUAACUGGCAGUAGUAUAGCUGAUUUACUGUAGGUGGUGAUAUGUAUUUUUGACAACACAUUAUCAGAACACAUUACAAAAAAAGCACAAGUUAGAAAUGUGGCGAUCAACGAUUGCAAUCUAUCGUUGCCUCAAGGGAAUUCCUCUGAUAAUCUGAUAACGUUAAAUGAAAAUCGCAAUUUUAUUUUGCUUGCCUACCACAGAUAUAUUUUUUAAAAUGUCUUUUAUAUCAUCGACUUUUAUCGCAUAAGCAAAAGUUGUUUCCCCGGUGGCUCAGUGAUUUUCUUAUUUACAUGAAAAACUUAAAAUCAAAGAACGAAAGAUUAAUUGCGGAAGCAAUUAAUCUGACUAUAUAUUAUUUUUAGGACUAGAAUAAACUGGCAGUUUAUCCGCCUAACUUUUCGCUUUCUUAUCACUGAAUCUGAUAAGUUUAUCUCACUAUAACAUCGUCGAGGCACGAGUAAUGCAAUUUUUAUACAAAUAUUUUUCAAUAACAUUUAUAUGUGUUAUCGAGCACCAUUUAUACAAAAUCAAAGAACCUGUGCAGUACUCGAGUCAUGUUCAAAGAAGCAAGUUCUUUGUGUCCUGUUAAAAAUAUGUCUCGGAAAGCAAGUGUUUUGGAAAAUUGUGAAAAUGAAAAGAGUACAAUACCGCAUUGCCCGAAAAAAAAAAACGAGAACGUAGGGCAAAGAAUAAAGCAUUCUUUAAAAGCGAAGGUGAAUGGCAAAGAAGGUGGAAAAGUAAACAGCUGCUCCAAUGCUCAUUUACAAGACGAGCUCCAAAGUGUCCUUAAACAGAAGCGAGAAAAAGCUUGUCAAAGAAGAAAGGCACAGCAGAAGUCGGAAGAAUUAAAAAGUCUAAGGUUCGAAUGCAACAGCACCAAAGAAGUCGUAGAUGUUGAAGAUCAAAAUAAAUCUAAAGCUCAGAAACCUUCCAAAACGGCAAAAAAAAAGGAUAAAUUUUCAGAACAUGUUACCGUAAAGCAAGUUCGAGAACUUUUAAAGAAUCAGAAUUCAGAGAACGCGGAAUAUGUAGAAGGACAUUUGCGCAUUAAUCCGAAAUUUUGUAAAUAUGCGUAUCUAUCGCUGUCCGACGACGAACCAGAUUUAGUAAUUAUCGGAGUAAUAGACAGAAAUCGUGCUUUGGACGGAGAUCUUGUUGUAGUCCAUAUAAAUCCUCCAACAAUGUGGGAGUCAGAAAACCGAAAGACAGGCGUUGUUGUUUCUAUAUUAGAAAAAAUACAUCCGAGGCUAGUGGUGGGACAUUUAAAACGUGAAGGAGCAUUUUUACAUUUUUAUUCUAGAGAUAAACGUACGCCGAACCUUGAGAUAAAUCAAAAGAAAGAUCCAUUAAUGAAAGGCUCGACCACGAUAGAAGAAGAUAAAUUAUAUUUAGCUAGAAUUAGCGACUGGAUAAAACCUAAAUUUGCAAAUGGGAAACUUGUAAAAAUGAUUGGUGCAGCAGGCGAUAUAUCUGCAGAAUCGAAUGCAAUAUUGCUUGAACUUAAUUUAGAUACAACACCGUAUAACGAAGAAACGACGAAAGGACUUCCAAACAAAGAUUACUCGUUAACGGAAAAAGAUAUUAACGAUCGGGAAGACUGGAGGAACGAAUGUAUAUUUACUAUUGACCCCGAUACUGCUGUUGAUUUAGACGAUGCAGUUUCUUGUAAACCCUUAGAAAACGGAAACUACGAAAUUGGUGUACAUAUAGCUGAUGUAACUUAUUAUUUGGAAUUUUUAUCCUCAUUAGAUGUACAAGUAGCAAAACGUGCUACGAGUAUUUACAUGACUGACAGAGUAUACCACAUGUUACCAAAACAAUUGUGUGAUGUAUGUUCCCUACUACCUGGCCAAGAUAGACUAGCUUUCUCUGUAAUUUGUGAAAUGACACCGGAAGCGAAAGUUGUGAAAUACCGUUUUGCUAAGACUGUAAUGAAUUCUUGUUGUAAAAUGUCUUAUCGACACGCUCAAAUAUUUAUUGAAGAUCCGGAAAAUGAAAGUUGGCCUGUGGAUAUGUUGCAAAUAAGCGGCAAUUAUAAUAUUAACAAUUUAUCAUCGACAGUAAACAUUUUGCAUCGUUUGGCUCGUAAAAGAUGCGACGAGAGAUUCGCGAAUGGUGCUUUGGAUUUGAGUCGAUCAAAAUUACGUAUUAAACUCGAUAAAACAACAGGUGAACCGAUAAAUUAUUCUAUGGAAGAACACAAAGAGAGUAACAGACUUAUACAAGAAUUUAUGCUGCUAGCCAAUAUGAUAGUUGCAAAGUUCUUGUAUGAAAAAAUCCCCGAAACUGCUUUACUACGUAAUCAUAGAAAACCUCCCAUGCUUCUCCUGAAGAAAAUGGCAGAUGUUCUACAAGUAUUUGGAAUUCAUUUAGACAUUGAAUCAUCUGGAUCACUGCAUGCUAGUGUUAAACGUUACGGAGAAUUGCUAUCGGAAAAUAGCGAUUUCAAGACUACAAUGAAGUAUAGAAUGAUGGUUAUUAAUAAUCUCUGUGCUAAAACAAUGAAUCGCGCGACUUACACCUGUUCGUCUGCAAUUAAAACGGAGGUGGAUUUGAGACAUUAUGCUUUAAAUGUGUGUUAUUACACGCAUUUUACUUCUCCUAUUAGACGAUACGCUGAUUGUGUGGUUCAUCGAUUACUUUAUUCCGUCAUAAAAGAUGAAGCACUGCCCCCGGAAUGGUCCGAAAAAAAGUGCAGACAAAUAGCGAAAAAUUGUAAUCUGAAAAAGUGGACCGCAGAAAUUGCUGGAAGGCGAAGCAGCGAAUUGUACUUUGCUUACUUGGUAGAUUUGAGUGGUCCUUUUGUUACCAAGGAGAAUUUAGCGACUAUCGAACAUUCUGUGGAAUAUUCGGUACCAAUGAUACGUAUUUCGUGGAAAAAACCUGCUGUCGUCCAGGUAAUCAAUAUUUUUACUUUACUAUAUUUAACGAUUAAGAAAGACCCCGUAACUCUGCAGUUGACGGGAACGAUCGUACAACCACAUUGAAAAUCAGAAGACAACAUUUGCAUAUUUUAAUGUAUAUCUUCAAAGAAUCAUUGGAAUCAAUAUUUUUAUUCGGGAGGUAGGAGAUGAGAACGUCCACAUACUACUUAAAUUCAUUUCAAAAAGAUCAUUGAGACAGAUAUCUUGACUUGCGUAUACAUUUUCAACGUGUACAUGAUAUUUCGAAUUGUAUACAGAUUUUUAGGAUCAGUAUACAAAUAAAUAGUUCUUACUUAUA